AUGAAUAAAUCUGUUAUAAGUUAUGGGAAUCUAAUGAAUGGUUUUAAUUAUGAAAAAAAUCCAUUGAAAACAUUAAGCUUGUUUAACCAGAUGAAACUUGAUCAUAUUGAAGCAGAUUUGAUUAUUUAUCUUUGCGUUAUAAAACCAUUAUCACAAAUAGGUGAUAAUUCAAUGUGUGAAUCAAUUAUUGAAAAGAUUCCAAAAUCUUUUCUUCUUGACAGACAAAUUCAAAAUUCUUUAGUUGAUAUGUGGGGAAAAACAGGAUAUGUUGAUACAGCCAAAGAAAUUUUUGAUACAAUUCUUUCUCCAGAUGAAAUCUCAUAUGCAGCCAUGACUAAUUCUUAUGGUUUAAAUGGAAUGGGUAUUCAAGCUAUUGAAAUGUAUCAUCGUGUACCAUCACAAUUAAUUAAUGAAAUAACAAAUAUUUGUGUUUUAAAUGCAUGCUCACAUUCAGGACUUGUUGAUGAAGCUCGUUCGGUUUUCAAUAAUAUUCAACAAAAAACAGAAAGAAUUUAUACUACAAUGAUUGACUGUUUAAGUCGUGCAUCACUUUUUGAAGAAGCACAAAAAUUAAUUGAUCAAUAUGAACAAAAUCAUUCACCUGUAUUAACUAUGUAUAUGUCAUUGUUGUCAGGUGCUCGAAAUGUAACCAAUAGUUGUUUAUCACAAAAAGUUUACGACCGUAUGAAAAAACUUUUUCCUGAUAUGAAAGAUCCGUUAAUAUCAGCUGCAAUUCUUCUUGCUAAUGUUUAUGCAUCAUCGGGUGAUAUUGAUAAAGCAUCAGAUAUUAGAAUUCAUUUGCACAAAUCUGGCGCCAGGAAAAAAAUUGGUCUUUCAUGGACUUCAGUUAAUGGACAAAUAUUUGAAUUUCGUGCUCAUGAUCAAUCUCAUCCUCGUUCAAAUGAAAUCUAUGAAGAAGGAGAAAAAAUAUCCAAAGAACUUUUUGAACAUGGUCAUCAACAUGACUCAAGUUGGAUUACGAGACCUUUAAAUCAGGAUGAAACUGUUGCAUCAGUACUUUGUGGGCAUAGUGAAAGACUUGCUAUUGCCUGGAAUUUUGUUGCAAAUCCUAAUACAUCCAAAAUUCAAAUAACAAAAAAUCUUCGUGUUUAUCGAGCAACAAAAUUAAUUGCUGCUAUUCGUCAAUGUGAAAUAAUCGUUCGUGAUGCAAAUCGUAUUCAUCACUUCUUACCAAAUGGGCAAUGCUCAUGCAACGAUUAUUUCUGA